GGUUAGAAACCCUCUAUGUGAAGUGCUCUGGUAAUUGGUAACAGUCACACACUAAGGAAGGCACCAUUGCCAACUAGGAUACGACACUGAAUUGUACACCAGGGAAAUUAAUCUUUUCUUACGGGUUGAAUUACCCUGCUUAUGUCACAGUGGGUUUUUAGCCCGUUUCUUGGUAAAGAUGGCAGCUAACAAUGCAGUGCUGAACAGACUGGAGCAGAAAGGUGCAGAGGCUGAUCAAGUUAUUGAAUACCUCAAGCAACAAGUUGCUCUGCUCAAGGAGAAAGCUAUCUUGCAGGCAUCUCUCCGAGAAGAGAAGAAGCUCCGUGUCGAAAAUGCUAAACUGAAGAAAGAAAUUGAAGGGCUGAAACAGGAGCUGAUUCAGGCAGAAAUUCGAAAUGGAGUGAAACAGAUAGCAGUUCCUCCUGCUGCAACCAUUUCUACAGCCUCGUUUUCAGAUAAUGUUCCACAACCUACAGAAGUCGAUUUGUCUCCUGAUGCCAAAGAUAAUAUUAAAGGUGAAGAUGAAGAAAAGAAAAAGAAGGAAAAAGCAGAAAAAAAAGGUGAAAAGAAGGAAAAGAAACAGCAGCCAGCUGCUGGAAAUAGUGAUGCAAAACCUGUAGAUGUUUCUCGUCUGGAUCUUCGUGUUGGCUGCAUUAUUACUGCCGAAAAGCAUCCGGAUGCAGACGCUCUGUAUGUUGAAGAAGUGGAUGUUGGUGAAGCAAGCCCAAGGACUGUUGUCAGCGGUUUAGUGAAACAUGUUCCUCUGGAUCAGAUGCAGAAUCGGAUGGCAAUAUUGCUCUGUAACUUGAAGCCUGCAAAGAUGAGAGGAGUAGUAUCUCAAGCAAUGGUGAUGUGUGCCAGCUCCCCAGAAAAAGUGGAAAUUCUGGCUCCCCCACCUGGGGCAGUACCUGGGGAUAGAAUCACUUUUGAAGGUUUUCCUGGUGAGUAG